AUGAACAAGAGCACUAGAGCCAAAAGAAAUAAAAGAAGAUCACCAGGAUCCCAAUUAGUCUGUUUAGAGCCUUCUACCUAUAUACCUUCAAGAUUGGGCUAUAUAGAAUGUGUUCCCCGUCCAUUGAAAGAUAAUCCAAAGAUUGGUUAUCUCUACUGCACCAGGAAGCAAAGAACACCAGCAUCUUUCACAGAGAACGCUUCCCAAAGCAAUAUGAAUUCUCAAUUGGACUUUGAGUAUGAUUUCGAAGCUGAAAACCAUGAAGUUGAGUCCAGCAAGAAAAGAACCAUCUAUAACAAGUGGAUGGAGAAUCUUUUUCAGUUGGCCAAUUCUUUCCUUUGCUUUGUCAGCAAAUGCCAGGAUGGCUGUUCUGAUAAAAGGGACAUUACUCCUUUGUCUCCUCCUCCUUCUUCAAAAAUGUUUGAGAUUGUUUUCUGUGGGUGUAAAACCAUCCCAGAACAACUGGUUGAGAUGGGUAUUCUGCCCGCAUCACUGAACAAUGUUCAGUAUGGAAUUCAUAUUAGACUUUUGAAUUUCAUGAUAGAUAUGCGCAAUGUUCUUGCAACCUCUGGUCAGGGCUUGGCGACUUUGUACAACAAGAUUAACAUGGGUACUGAGAGGAAAAUUUCAAAGGCAUUCUGCCAGAACCUCCUCCCCAUCUACAUAAGGCUCAUGGCAAUUGUUGAGAGCAAAGUUGAGAAAGCUGCCUCUGGAUUUGAGGAGCUUAAUGGGUGUCCUGCUUGUCCAGAUCAGGUUGACAGCAAUGUGACCAUUGACGACUGUCAAUAUGUUGCCAUGGAUGGCAAUUUUAGCCUGAAGUGUGAGAGGAGAAAAGAUGUAGAGGGUGAUGUUGGCAAAGAGUUGGAGCAAAUAGGUCGGUUUGACAGCAACUUCCAUGCUGGCUCUGGCAGUUUGGCAAAGUCUAUAAAGUACUCUAUUAAGGGUCUUUUUGCGGCGAGCUGUGCACGUCAUGAGUCAGUCAUUAAGUUGGUAGACAUGGAAACUGGUGAAGGGUUUAAGUACUCUCUCUCCAUAAUUAAUCAACUACUUGGUGAUUCAGGUAGUGAUGGCCAGUCUGCUGAUAACUCUCCCAACAUCAAUGUGAUGUAUGAUGUUGUCUGUAAGCUGGCAAAGUCACUGAAGGCUAACUUUUCUGGACUGAUGGAGAAAUCAAAACUAGCAGUUCUGAUUUUCCAUGUGUAUGCUCAUGUUCAACACUGCCAGGUUAAGCUCAACCCUAAAUAUAGAGAUGGGUUUGGCUUGACAGAUGGUGAAUGUUUGAAACGUCUCUGGUCAUAUCUUAACUGCUUUGUGACAAUUACUAGAAAGAUGGGACAAGCAAACCAAAAGUUGGUCUUGUACAGAGCCAUCAAGUUCUGCAAUGAGACAAAGAAGGUUGAGUUGGGCUUGAUGUUGGAGAGUAAGUAUGUCAAAGCAAAGUGCAUCAUAGAAGAAUCCAGGAAGGCAUUGGAGGGAUUCGACUGUGUUGUGAUUGAGCGAGAAUGGAAGCAGCAUGUUAACAAGGUAGAGAAGUCAGAGAACUACGUUGACAUUGCUGAUUUGAUGGAGUCCGGCCGUAAGAUUCAAGGCAAUAUUGCUUUGUUCCUUGUAAAUUUUACAAUUUUGCGCCAACUAAGAGAGCUCACUAAUGAUGCCAACGGAAAUCAUGUGAAAGAUAAGAUCAAUAGGCUGAAUCACAAAAUGGAGAAGUUGAAGGCAAAGAUCCAGAAGGAAGUUGAGGGCUUCCAAGAACCUGAUGAAAAAAAUACAAAUCUCAUAAAAUAUAUAGAAGAAAAUGCCCAGCUAGAGUACAACGAGUUCCUAGCUUACAAAAAAAAUAUUCAAAGAUGCGAUUAG